GUAAUUUACAAAACCCCGAAGUCCCUCACUCUUCGGCUUCGAAUCUAUGAAGCUCUACUAGAACCCUGAACAAUUUAUUCUCCCGAAGGUCUCACCAUGGCCUUAGAACUCAUUUUUUCUCAUACUCGUCGUCACUGCACUCGAUAUCCACCGUCUCAUCUCGCUCUCCUUUUCUCCCGCUCAUCUUCAUCUUCACACCAGCAGUCUCUCACUGGAGAUUUAGGGUUUUGUAAAUCGCCAUCUUCAUUUCUAGGGUUUCAUAGGUUUUCAUCAUCUUCUACAAAUGAAGAAUCAGAUACAACUCCCUCAACUCCAACUAAGUCUGUACCAAUUAAACCAGUUUCUUAUGCUGUAAAACCUAAGGAUCCAUCUAAAAAUCAUGAAAAUAUUUCUAAGGCUCCAGAAAUCAGAAGGGAGAGGGUGAUCACAAGGACAGCUCCUGUGGAUGGACCAAUCAAACCAGUUUCUUAUGAUGUAAAACCAUCUGCAGAGAGUGAAGCGAUAGAGGGAACAAAUGUAGAAUCAAGGGAUUGGACAAGAGAAGAUAUUCGAUAUGUUAAGGAUGUUCAAUCAGUGACACCUACUUCUUAUCCAAUAAAAGUAGCACCACUUCCAGAAGAUAGGGCUUCUACUACAGGUGAUGAGGAGAAUCAGCAGUUGGAUCAAGAGAGGAGAAAAAUUGAAAAUCUGAAUCGAAUACGUAGAUCUUUAAAUGUUCAAAAAGAGGAGAUUCAAGUACCUUUUCCAACACUUAUUAGAGCUGAAAAGAAUAAGCCCAAGGUUGUUCUUGAUCUUCAAGAAGCUAUUAGAGAAGUCAAGGCUAGUGCAAAGCGGAAUUUUGUUGAAACUGUUGAAGCACAUGUAAAUUUGGGUGUUGAUCCACGCCGCGGAGACCAGAUGGUUCGUGGUGCUGUAACUCUUCCUCAUGGAACCGGAAAGACUGUCCGGGUAGCUGUUUUUGCCGAAGGGUCUGCUGCAGAUGAAGCAAAGGAAGCAGGAGCAGAUGUUGUUGGAGGAGAUGAACUUAUUGAGGAAAUUCGGAGAGGAGGUGGUAAGCUCAACUUUGACAAGUGUAUAGCAACUCCCAUUUUUAUGCCUCGUCUCGGAAAGAUAGCAAGAAUUCUGGGGCCGCGUGGUCUGAUGCCAAACCCCAAGCUAGGUUCCGUGACAAGUGAUGUCUCUGCAGCAGUGAAAGAUGCUAAACGUGGUCGAGUUGAUUUUAAACUUGACAAAACUGCUAUUGUUCAUGCAGGUCUUGGAAAGGUGACACUGUCUGAGGAGUCUCUCCGCGAAAAUAUUGGUGCUUUUGUAAAUGCCCUUUUGGUGGCAAAGCCUGUGGGUCUGAAAAAGACAUCCAAGUAUGUUGGGUAUGUGAAGGGCUUCACACUGUGCAGCACGAUGGGUCCUGGAUUUCCAGUUUCCAUACAAUCACUAUCAUUGGCAGCAGAUAAUUAUAACAAAUUAAAACUUAAGUGAAAAUGGCUGCAUUGGCUUAGCUCAAAGUUGUUCUCAUCUGUAUGAAGAUUUCUCAUGAUGCAGAAUCAAGGAUUGAUAAAGCUACUCUUGUAAAAUUUCACAAAAAAAAGUUUUGGUUCCAAAAUGGAAGAAUAAAAGUUGUACGAUUCUCUUUUGUUUCUUUUAGUACAUUUUUCUUUUACUUGUUUUUUUCUUUGUAUUCUUAUAGUUGCACAUCUUAGCGGGAAUUUUCUAGUGGUUUGAUAGCCUUCUUGUUUUCCAUUAUUAAGGAAAAUGGUUAAUUAUAUAGUCACCAAGGGGAUAAUCUUUGGUGUUGAUUUUA